GGAAAGAUGAAGGAAGUGUAAUAAAGAUGGGAGGGGCUAAGGAAACGUAUAAGUAUUAGGGGGUUCAGAGUAAACCUGGGGAGGUUCAGAGUAAACCUGGGGACACCGCCUGAGCUAAGGUGUUCCUGACGAGAACACUGUCCUGAGAGUUCCAUACUCUGAUCUUCUGCAUCUCCCAAGGAAAGAUCUGGACUGCUAUGAAAUUUAUCUUCUAUUUGGGUGUCCUUGCUGGGACAGUUUUCUCUGCUCACUCUGUGCAAAAAGAAGACCAUGCUCCCUAUCUGGCAUACCUCAGAUCUCACUUCAACCCCUGCGUGGGUGUUCUCAUCAAAGACAACUGGGUGCUAGCCCCAGCUCACUGCUACUUACCAAACCUAAAAGUGAUGCUGGGAAAUUUCAGGAUCAGAGUCAGAGAUGGCACAGAACAGACAAUUAACCCCAUCCAGAUUAUCCGCUACUGGAACUUUAGCCAUACCUCCCCACAGGAUGACCUCAUGCUCAUUAAGCUGGCGAAACCUGCCAAACUCAACAAUAAAGUCCAGCCUCUACCCCUCGCCACCAACAAUGUCCGUCCAGGCACCAUCUGUCUACUCUCAGGUUUGGACUGGAGCCAGGACAACAACGGUAGACAUCCUGAUUUAAGGCAGAACCUGGAGGCUCCUGUGAUGUCUGAUAAAGAGUGCCAGAAAACCGAACAAGGGAAAAGCCACAGGAACUCCUUAUGUGUUAAAUUUGUGAAAGUCUUCAGCCGAAUUUUUGGGGAGGUGGCCGUCGCUACCGUCAUCUGCAAAAACAAGCUCCAGGGGAUUGAGGUUGGACACUUCAUGGGAGGAGAUGUUGGAAUCUAUACCGAUAUUCACAAAUAUAUACCCUGGAUUGAGAGUAUCACUAAAGACAAAUGACAUCCUACUACUCCCUCUGCAUCCCACUGGCUUUGUCAUUGACUCUACCAGCCACUACUUUUCCCAAACUCAAAAUAAAAUUUCCAAGUAGAAAUGUA